AUGGGUGAUCGAUUAACCCAGCUGCAAGAUGCUGUAGACCAGCUGGCCACACAGUUCGUCGCAUGCCUUCACUAUGUCAACAAGCGACAUGACCUUGAAACACUUGGUCCUAAUGACAAGGUCCGCGAAGUGAAAGAUGCUCCAAAAGAAGGCAUGUCCGAAUUCAUGAUCCAUUCGAAGGGAAACAUGCUAACUUCCCUCAUUGAUUCACUUCCUCCAGAUGAGUUUCGAGCUGGUAUGGUAGAGUUGUCGCAGGAUCUCAUUGUCAAAGAGCAACAAAUCGAGGUCCUCAUCUCAUCUCUCCCCGGCUUAGACAACAGUGAGAUGGAUCAGGAGAGGUACAUUAAAGAGCUGGAGGAGGAUUUGAAGAUUGCUGAAGCCCAACGCCAAGAAGCAAUCAAGGAGAAAGAUCAGAUUUUGUCUGAGCUUGACAGUGUUAUCCGCAGCAUACGACGACCAUAA